CGCUGCUUCUCCCCCCUUGCCUGCUGCUAUUCCCCCCCUGGCCCGCUGCUUUUUCCUCCUGCCCGUUUUGCGGCCCAUUUGGUCCCACCCAUCCUUCGGUCCUCUCUCCACUCCCGACCCUCUCCUUUGACUGUCCACUUCCCCCCCACAUUCCCCCAUUUUCUUCGUGUUCCUCCCUUCCUUCUCCCCUUGGUUCCCCCACUCUUAUCCCCUCCCGCUCUCCCCUACUGUUCCCCGUUAAUUCCCCCUCGUAUUCUAUCCUGCUUUCCUCUCCUUUCCCCCUCUUUCCCCUCCUCCCCCCCUUGCUCACGACUUCUCCCCCUUGCCCACUACUUCUCCCCCAUUGCCCACUGCUUCUCCCCCCCUUGCCCACGAUUUCUCCCCCAUUGCCCACUGCCUCUCCCCCCUUGCCCACCACUUCUUCUCGUUUGCCCACUGCUGUUCCCCUCCUUGCCCUCUACUCUUCCCCCGCUGCCCACCGACUUUCCUCCCUAGCCCACUGAUUUCCCCCCCUUACCCGUUGCUCUUCGCCUCUUUGUCCAGUGCGUUUCUCCCCUUCCCUCACUGCUUUUCUUCCCCUUGCCCUUUGAUUCCCCUCCUUGCUCCCACCAAAUCACACGUCAGUUUCCUCCCUCGAAAUCUUCCCGCCCCACACCCUGUGCUCUUCACUCUUCCCCCCCCUCCCCUUCCACGUCCCCCCUCUCCCUGCAGGCUGUUUCUUUCCAUCUUGUCCAAUCCCCGUUUCCCCACCUUUCCCCCGUACGCCUCCCCACAGUCGAGCUCCAUAACCCGCCCCUAAUCGCUGCCCCCUGUUUUUUCCCUAUCCUCCCCCCCCCUGUCCCCCUCCCCACUCCACGCAGUUUCUCUGAUCUCACCUUCUUUCCCGCUGUUUUCCUCCCUCCCUUCCCCCCUUGCCUCCCCCUCCUCCCCUUCUUCUAGCAUGCAGCCCCCGCAGAGCCGGUGGCCGCCCUUCCCCCUACUCAUCGCCUUCCAUCCCCCCACCCAACAGUAUCGCCCCGUCGAGGUGACCAUCGGCAAGGGCGGGGACCAGGUGCGCUCUGCCUCGCGAGGCCAGAAACGACCACGGGAGAAGGCGGAGGAAGGCCAUGCCUCACGCCUGGAGAAGCAGGAGCGCGAAGCCACACGCUCGCGCUCCCAUGGUCGCAAAAAGUCAUCUGCCCCCCCUCCGCCACUCCCACAGGCCAACACUAGCGCCAGGAGAGCCCCCACCUCCUCCACACCCAGGGCCACAGUUAGCAAGGCUGGCACAGGUGAGGCCGCAGCAGGGCCUGUGGCAGGGGAUGGGGAUGCGGCAGCACCAGGGGGUCCCGCAGAGGUGGCAGUGGAGAUGGGGGUGUGGGAGGGGAAAGAGGGGGUGACGGAGAGGGCAGAAGGGGAAAGAUCGGCAGGGACGGUGGGGGCUGGUGAGGACUCAGAGUGGGACGAGGCUGGGGACUUGGAUGGGGACAACGCGAAGGACUCGGAUGAUGAUGUAGUCGAGCUUAUAGCACCCGCUCCUAGUGCAGCCAGGCUCGAGGCCGUGUCCUCAGCAGGGGAGCCAGCGACCGGAGCUGUAGGGUCGGCAGGAGCGGAAACUGGAGCGGAGGCGGAGGGGGAGGUGGCACGGGCUGGGGCAGAGAGGGCCACAUUAGGGGGUAUGGCCCGGGCCUAUGCGCGGUCCAUGGCCGCAUGUGGUGCGGCGCCGGAGGCAGCGGCAGGAGAGGCUGCAGGUGUGGCAACAGCAGGGGCGGUUGCAACAGUGGCAGCCAUCGGGACCGCGGCAAAGGAGGCUGCCGCAGGAGUCACCGCAGGGGGUACUCCAGCGGAGGCUGCUACGGCAGAGGCAGAGGCAGGAGAGGCUGCAGGGGGGAAUGUGGAAAAGGCGGCUGCAGAGGCGGCAGCAGCACAGGCUGUAGCCGCAGGGGGAGGAACGACAGCCGUGGUAGGAGGGGCGGCUGUGGGGGCUGCCGCAAAGGCCUUUGCAGAAGUGGCAGCAGCUCCGGCACCGGCAGAGGCGCGGGCAUCGGGGCCGGCUGCAGCGGGGGCGGCAGAAGGAGACCCUGCGGAGGCAGCAGCCGCUAGGGGUGUGGCCGCUCCAGAGGUGGCAGCAGCCGGGGGGGUGGUUGCUGCGGCGGCAGCAGCAGCUGGGGCUGCUGCAGAGGCAGGGGCAGCGGGAGCAUGGGCAGCGGCGGCGACAGCUGGGGCCUCCGCGGAGGUGGCAGCGGAGGAUCAUGCACGGGGUGCAUCGGCUCGGGCUCGGGAUGCGGCAGAGGCAGCAGCAGCAGGGGCCUCAGUGGCCGCAGGGGCAGCCAGGGCUGAUCUGGGGGCAGCAGCAGCAACAGGCGGCCCUGCAGAGGCGGCAGAGGCGGGAGCUGCGGAGAAGGUGGCAGCAGCAGUAGCUGGGGCUGCCACCGCAGAGGAGGCAGCAGAGGAGGCAGCAGCAGGCGAUCUUGCGAGGGGCGCAGCGACCGGGGCUCGGGAUGCCGCGGAGGCGGUGAUGGCGGGGGCCGCCGCAGCGGCUAGGGUGGAUGCCGGGGAAGCAGCCGAAGGAGUCCCUGCUGAGGCGGUAGGGGCAGGGACAACGGCAGAGGAAGCAGCAGCAGCAGCAGCAGCAGCAACAGGAGCACGUGCAGGGGCGGCUGCUGGAGCGGCAGGGAUAGGAGAGCCACCGGAGGUGGCAGCAGCGGCAAGGCUACCUACGGCGGAGGAGGUGGCAGCGGAAGCUGUUGUACGCGCUCUCGCACGGGCUAUUACCGGGGGGGGGAUGUAUGCACGUCUGGCAGCUGCUGCGGCAGCAGCGGAGGAGGCAGAGGUAGGGGCCGCUGCGGGGAAGGCAGCCAGGGGGAGCGCCACAGGGAAACCAGCAGCAAGUGCUGCGGCAGGGAAGGCAGCAGCGGGGGCAGCGGCAGGGAAAGUAGCAAUGGGUCCCGCUGUUUCGCAGGCAGCGGCUAGCAGGGCCGCGACAGCGGCGGCUGCGGCGGCGGCGGCGGCGGCGGCGGCUGUGGUGGUGUCAGCGGAAAAAGGGGCAACAGGGGGUGCCGCACCGGGGGCAGCAGCGGAAGCGGCUUCAGGGAAGGCAGCAGCAGGAUCAGCAGGACGUGCCGCAGGGGAGACAACCGCCGGGGUAGCUGCGGGGAGGGCAGCAACAGGAAGGGCAGCUGGGGCGGCAGCAGGGAAGGCAGCAACAGCAGCACCACGGGCAGCGGCAAGAGGUGCUGCACGGGAGAGGGCAGCUGGAGCCGCUGCAGGAAGGGCAGCAGCUGCGGCAGCUCCAGCAGGAGGUGUGGUGAGAGAGACAGCAGCCGGAGCGGCUGAAGGUAAGGCAGUAACUGGGACGAGGGCUAAGGAGGCCGGACACAGGGCAGCACCUGGGCCGGAAGAGACUGUCUCAUCCCCUCCCACCACCCCCAUCUCCCCCCUCCCCCCCCCUCCUUCCCCUCCUCCCCCUACUUCCCUUGCGGUCCCCCGUCCCCCCCUUCCCCCCCCUACUCCCAAUCCCAUGCAUGCAGGGGCUUCACCAGCGGCGCAGGGCCCUCGCCGUGGGCUACAACCCAGGGCUAUGGGCGGGGCGGCCCGAGCCUUGGCGUUUUUGGCGGACCCCUGUACACCCGAGCCAAUGAUCGGGACGCAGUCUCACCACUCCCUCUCCCCCCACACCCUCCCCUUACAGCCGAGUGUGCCCCACGAGGCGGCCACCGAGGAUGGCACGGACAAUGAUGGCCCGCUCGCCGGAUAUAUCUUGGUCGACUCAACCCUUCCAUGCUCUCCCCCACCAGCCCUCGCGCCGACGCCAGGAUCACAAACAACAGCCGGGCGGGUUGCUCCCUCCCCCCCCCCACCCACACAGGCUGCCGCGCCGGACGCCUCGACUUGGGUAGCACAAGGAGGGGCGGCUCUUGCCCAACCCCCUUCGUCAGUCCGCCCCCCACCCUGUUCCACCCCAGGUGCCUCCCGCCCGGCACAGGGCACACACCCUGUCGGCCACACGGGCGCGUCCCUUAGGAACGGUGAGCGGGGUGCACCUCUGGCAAGGGGGAGCAACCCGAAUCAACUCCCUCUCGGCCCUCGCCGUCUCACCCCGGCUGAUCCCACUUCCCAAGCCCCACAGCUAAGCUUCGGGCAAGGCGGGGGUCCCUCGGCGCCCACUCUGCUUCCCUUCCCGGCCCCGGAACUCCCCUUGCGCCCUUUCGUGCAGCCCCCAGGUUUCAUGUCCCGCACGGCAGGCGACCACGGGAGUGCCUCCCUCUUGGGCCCUCCCUUGUCACUUCCGUCUCACACACCCUCCAGCCCAGCGCCGGGGCACCCAACCUUCCCACCCCCUCCCUUGAGCGUCCCACCCACGCUUAACCCUUACCCUACUGCCCAACCACCUCUCUUGCCUUGCCCUCCCACUCCCCCCCGGCCCAUCAGCGCGAACAGGGGCGAGGCGAGGGCGACCCCCCCAUCUCACCCUCCCCCUUCCUGCCCCACACACUCCUUGCCCGUCAGUAUUCAGGUGGUCGCAGCGAGCCACCCAUCCGCGAUGGACGUCGACAAAAUGGGAGUAGGGGACCUGCAUGAUGUCUCCUCCCAACCCUACAUCCCCCCUUACCGUCGCUCCGCACAGGCAGCGAUGUCGGCAGACGCCCAGGGGGAAGGAGACGGGGAAGGUGUCGGGGGAGGGCGGGGCAUCGCGGAUGGUGCUGCCGUUUCCACCACCGCCACCACCCCUCUCUUUCCCCCCCUGUCCCCAUCUGCACCCGCCCCAGGGCAGGCCGCCAUCCAUACGCAGGCUAGCCCAUCGCGGCAGGCGGCCAUCGGCGGCCACACCCCCUCACCCUCCCAGCUGCCCCAUUCUCACACUCCUCACCCACAGCAGGGGGCGGUCACACGGCAGCCGCUGAUUGGACAGUUUGCCCAACCCCACACAGGUCGCCGGAAGAAGGGCAAGGGCAAGGGGACACCCGGGGCAGCCCGGCGCUCAGAGCAGCCGGACACGACUCCACCCUCUGCUGGCGUGCAGCCCUUACCAUCCACCACCCCUCAGGCGACCCCAUCAUUGCCCCCGGCCCGCCACCCACUGCCCUCCCAUAACCAGGAUGGCGAGCUUCGGACGGUCUCCCUCCCUCACCCCACCCAGGCCCCACUCCCCUGUCACCCCCCCAUCCCGCCUUUGGCCCCCCACCAGACGGUUGCCGCCGAUGCCCCAUCCGCGAUGGAAAUCAAACCGGAGGUGGAAGAGGUGUCGUUAGCCUCUCGCAAGCAAGCCUAUAUCCCCCCCCAGCGUCGGUCCCCACCACCCACUUCUUUGUCCCCCUCCGGUCCACAACCUCCGACCCAGGUCAGGGCACACGGUGGUUCGCCCACCACGACCAACCAGCCUGCCCUGCUCCCCCUACCCACAGGCGGACAGUCGCAGGGGGCAGAUGGGGAGACGGAGGCGGCAGUUGCGGACCUUCUCAGGAUAUGGGACACGUCCGCCACCCCCUCUGCGCCCGCUUGUCCGGGUCGGUUGGACGCGGACCCUUUUAGCUGUCUCCCAGCCGUCCGACUCCCGGGGAUGUGUUUCGAGAGCGGUGUGGCCGAUCCCACCACCGCUACCACUUGUCUCCUUCCCCAUGUUCCCUCACUCGCCCCAGCCCCACCCCCAGGACGGCUCGGCGCGCAAGCGCAAGCGCACGCUCACCCGACGCAGUCACCCGUUGCCGGCGACCAGGCCCCCUCACCCUCCCAGCCCUCCCACCCCCAACCACAGCAGGGGGUGGUCACCCUGCGGACCUCAGUGGGACGACCUGGCAGCCCCGGUACAGGUCGCCGGAAGGGGAGCAAUGCCAAAGGGGCAUCGGGGACAGCUCGGCCGCCAGGGCAGACGGACACGAGCUCAGCCGAGAUGGACAUCGAUCCAGAGGCGGAGGGAGCGGCACCAGCACCUCCCAAGCAGCCCUACAUCCCCCCCCAGCGUCGACCUCCCCCUCCCAUCUCUUCCCCCCCCUCCCGCCCACAUCCCUCCACCCAGGUCCAGGGCCAAGGCGGCCCACCCACCAUGACCGACCAACCCGCCCUCCUUCCCCCACCCACAGGCGGACAGUCACAGGGGCCGGACUGGGAGACGGAGGCGGCAGUCGCCGACCUGCUCGGGAUCUGGAGCAUAUCUGCUACCCCCUCUGCGACACCCCUAGGCCCAGCACCCCGGGCCGCGAGCGACCCGGCCGACGACCCCCGUGCCGCCCCCCCGUUAUCUCCCUCCACAGCCCUCGCACCAGAGCGGAUGGCUAUCGACGACUCAAACGCGCCCCUUUUCCCCCCACUUGGCCCAGGCAGGACUACGCCUCCAGGCGACCGUACCUACGCUCAGUCAGCACACAUGCACUCUGGCCCUCUCCUCGAGCCUGAUGCACCCCUUGCCCCUGCCACCAUCCCCCCACCCCACACGGCCACAUCUCAGGCUCCUAUGGUCCCCCCUCCCAGCUCACAUCCGGGAGGAGCGUUUUCGCGGCCCAGUGCUAUAGACCCUCACCCCCCACCCACACCAGCACACGGCUUGACACCCGCGGCCGACCCCGCCACCGGUGUUUUCCCCUCCCCUCAGGAUGCAGGGGCCACACAUAGGCCCUCGGGCCCCCCAUCGACCUCUCCCCCUCUUGCGACAUCGCCGCCGCCGCUGACCCCCGUCCGACCCCAGGUGGCAGGUGAGCCUCCUUCCCCAAUGCCGGGCGACUAUCGACCGGACCCGGUUGUCGAGCCAGCCGCCUCCACCGCCAGCUCGGACGAGACCGCCCACACCGAUCACGCGGACGAGUCCACGCCAGCCCAUGAGGUGAGAUGUCCCACGUGCCUUAACCUCAUGGCGGACGAUAGAGCUCUCCGACACCACACACCUCACUGCACCCCGAGCGAUGAGGCACGCCGUGUGCAGGCCCGCCAGGAGGCCGCCUCGGUCGGCAUAUCACUCUCACGUCCGGGGUCAUCUGUCCCCGUCUUUUCCGACACGCAGUGGGCGCAGCUGGACUCUGUGGAUUGGAGGGAGUAUUUCUCCCCGUCCCGGACGCAUGCUCGCCCGCUCCGGCGCAUCCCGCCGAGGGUCCGCGGAGGCAUCUCUGAUGUCCUCCGCGCGAUCACCGCCCGUAUGGAGCAGUAUCCGGACGCCGACGGGCCCCACUUCUUGUUUACGGCGGUGCCGACGCUGUUCUUGUUUACGGCGGUCCCACUCCACCAGAGCGGGGCCACACAGCUUCCAUCGUGGCUCGCAUCGCACGCUUCUUCCGAGGUGAGUGGGACCCUCUCUUCUCUGACGCGCUGCGUCGUCGCACGCCCCUGCCCGCCCGCACAUCACGUCGCGCCCCCGGCACCGCCACGUCGGGAGACGAGCGUCGGAUUGUGCGUUGCCUACGCUUGGCAGCGUGCAACGAGACAUCUCGUGCGUGCGCGGCACUAGAGUCGGCCGAGGCGGCUCCAGACACGG